UCAGCUGUUUGAACGUUCCAAUUUGUGCCGUGAGCCGCGCCGCAGCGGCCGCACAGGCUUCCAGCCCCGUGGGCGAGCGCCGCAGCUCCGAGCGCCCGCCGCCGCCGCCGCCUCCCCGCCCGCCGCCCGCGAUGCAGCCCGGCCUGUGAGCCGCCGUCGAGCCCUGGGACGCCCCCGCCGCACAACUACCUCAGCACCGCCCCGCCCGCUGCACCGCGCAGGUGCCCAGGUUUUGCCCUGCCGUAGGGCGCCCCCGUGAGGCCGGUCCACGCCCCACGCCCCACGAUGUUCCAGCGCCUCACCAGCCUCUUCUUCGGCGCCCCCCCACCCCCUGAAGACUCCGAGUGCCCCCGCGCCUUCGUCUCGGAGGAGGAUGAGGUGGACGGCUGGCUUAUCAUUGACCUGCCGGACAGCUACGCGGCUCCAGGGGCCACUCCUGCCCCCGCGGGCCGCCCUCCGCCCGCACCCUCCUUGAUGGACGAGAGCUGGUUUGUUACCCCUCCCGCCUGUUUUACUGCAGAGGGGCCUGGCCUCGGGCCCGCCCGCCUCCAGAGCAGCCCCCUGGAGGACCUCCUUAUCGUGCGGCCGAGCAUGUCUAUUUACGACUACGGCAGCUAUAUAAUGCCUGGAGGGAGAUGGCGUCUUCCCCUACAGAGCCCUGCUUGUCCCUGCAGGGAGCUGGCGCCCGCCCGCCGCGAGCCCCGGGCCCUGCACCACGCCGCCGCUCCUCUGCCAGCGCGGGCCGUGCUGCUGGAGAAGGCGGGCCAGGCGCGGCGGCUGCAGCGGGCCCGACAGCGGGCCGAGCGCCAUGCGCUGAGCGCCAAGGUGGUGCAGCGGCAGAACCGCGCCCGAGAGAGCCGUCCGCGCCGGCCCAAGCACCAGGGCAGCUUCGUCUACCAACCGUGCCAGCGCCAGUUCAACUACUGAACGUCCGCCGGCCACGCCACGGACCCCUUGCCCUCUCCUGCCCCGCCUCGGGCCCCUCCGCCGCAGCCAGUGCGCUGCUCGAGGGGCGGCCACGGCCAGUCUCGGUCUAGGCACCGUGACCUCCCUCCUUCAAGUGUGUGAGUGGGGUGCUAGCCCUUCCUUCCUGGACCCCCUUGGCUUCCCCAUCUCUGACCCUCGAAUCCGCCCCAAGUCCGCUCAGCCUCCUGCCCCCGUCCCCACGCCCAGCACCUGACUCUCCGUCCGUCUUUCCUUGUCCAGUCUGCAUCCCUGGCCUUCCCUGCACCCUUCCCGUCCUGGCCCACCCCUUUUUCUCAGCCUCUUCCACUCCCGGGCCCACAGUCACCUCCCACCUUACAUGGCUCACCCUUUCACACGUCUGGCAUUACCCUCACUCCUGUCCCCUUAUUAUUCAUUCCCAGUAAUUCCCUCCCAAGUGCAUAAAGGGAGGGGACCCUGAGGCCAGCUCUGAUGACCUGUGUGGUGCGGGCAGCUGGCCUUGACCUCCAGUAGGGACUCAGGCCCAGGGUUUGCUUCUAGUCUUCCCCCUUCCCUUGGCCCUGGGGGACUGGGCUCCUUGGAGCUGCUUAGGCCCAGGACGGCAAAGUAUGUGGAAGAGGACUGUGAGAUGUGCGCCAGAGGGAGAAGGUGGAGGGAGUCGAGGGACAGAGGCAGCCUACGGAGACGCUGACAGGACGGACAGGUUGCCAAGGUGUGGGGAGCAGGGCACUGGGGGAGCUGGCACUGUGCUUGCUCAGAGAGGUCAAGCCCUGCUCCCGGGCUAGAGCCUGGAGUCCGCCCCCACUUCCUUUCCUGUAACCCCACCUGUCAGAUCCUUUCCUGAGAUCCGCCCUCUGCAGGGCUCAGUCAGUACCCUGCCUCCCUACCCCUGCUGUGCCUCCACAGGAGUAGAAGCUGGGCAAAGGCCCUGCGAUUCUGGCCAUCUGUUAAACACGCCCAAGGUGCUAGAACUUGUGUAGGGGAGAUGCAGGCCUGAAGGCUUCUGGGCAUGGGGAGGGUCGACACCCCUCCCCUCCAGGAUAAGGAGGAUACAAGCUGUGGGGUGGAGUCAUCCCAAGACUGACAGCUUGGCCUUCAUCUUGCCUCGGGCCUUGUGUUUCACACCCCUCAGUAUGGCUAUUAUACACUCCCGGAAGGAGGCUCGAAGGCCCCCACCCCCACCCCAGGCUGUCCCCCUCCAGAGUCAGGACCUUCAAGGGGGCCUCUCUUCCUUUCCAGGCUGCUGGGGAGACAUGGGUGCCCGAUAGCUCCCCCUCCCCUCUUCACCAGUAAGCACCCAGAGAAGGAACCUGCAUCUCUGGGUGAGACGGAGGGGACUGGGCACCCAGUGCCUCCUCACGAUGGCACUGAAUUUUGGGCUCAGACACCAGCAACAGCCUCUUGGGAUGCCCUGAGUUGCUUCCCACUUCCUCUUCCUCGCUGUCCUUUUCUCGUGUGUGCUCUUUAGUCUUUGAAACUCUGAAGACUUCCUGUUACAUAAGAACAUAGGUCUAGCCCCGCACCCCAAUUCCAAGUUUCCAAGGAAGCUUGGAGAAAACUCUGCAUUCCCAUGAGGGCAAAGACAGCUGCCCUCCCUGACUACAGCUCCAGGCCUCAGGUGGGGGUGUGGGGAAGGGAGGGGCCUGUGGAUACUGGGAUGGGGAGAGGAAGCCCUGUUGGGUCUCCUAUUCCAGAGAAUAAGCCACACUGAAAGAAAAAGCAGCUCAGAGUCCCCACAGCAGCCCCUCGGGGCUCCUCUAGCUCCUCUCCAUAAACUGUCCUCCAGUUAGAGCCUCACCACUUGUAUUCUUCCAGCUAUCCCUUGGCCACUUCACAGCCAGGUUGGGAUUUCAGCCCUUCCAAGAGCUCAAACUCCAGCUCUUCUUGCCUACUCUCACUGCCAGCUGGGGCCUAGGCUCAGUCCUAGAUGGUGCCCAUGAUCCUUCUGGUGGGGGAAGAGCUCGAGUUCUCCAGCAUUUGGCUCAAAUAUUGAAAGGUCCUUCUGGAUGGAGGCUCCUGUAGUUCUAGAACCUUCCAGCCACCCACCUGGCUGGUUGCAAGGGUCAUACUUUUUUGUACUUUCCUCUAGAUUCUGUAGCAUCUGAGUGUGGCAAUAUUUUAAUUGUGUGUAGAUUUCUAAGAACCCACACUACUUGGUCUCCUGCUAGUCUGACUCCUGAAGCAUCAGACCUUGUCAUACUGUAUUGACUGUGUAUGUGCCUUUCACCUUGAGCAUGCUUCAGGAUUUUGUUUUCUUAACCACAGAACUUGAAUACACGAGGGAACCAGAAUUCAAAGUCCUAUGCAACCUUAGACAGGAGGGGUUAGAGUCUGUGCUGACUGGUGUUUUCAGAGACCCUGGAGAAGUCUGUAUCCGUUUGUGAGUAUUAGUGUUAACAUACCAGCACUUUGCCAAAACUAAGGAUGUCGGAGACCCUUCUUUCUAGAGUGAGUCCCAGCUACAUUAAAGGGUGACUUCCAGCUGUUCUUCACUAGGUGAGUGGUUCCCUCAAGCUGUCACUUUCUAGCCUUUGCCAGCCUAGCCCCAGCAGGGCACCUCGUGUGUAUGAGUGCAGUUUGGUGCUGUUUUGGAGUAUGCCUGCUCCCCAGCCCCAUGCCUGGAACCCUCUGAUCAACUUGUUCUGACCCAUGAUGUCUUCGGUGCAACAGGGACCCCACUAGAGCUCUUGGACGCUUCCCCAGCUCCAUGUGGGCUUUACGUGAGGGGACUGAAUGCAGACACACUACAGCCCAUUUCUAAUACUCUCCCUCUUACCCUGACACCAAGUUCCAAGUGGAACCAAGCUGAGUGCAUCCCUGUUGGGUAUUUUGUGUUGAGACUGGCUGAAAUGAGGAGACUUUGGUUGACCACGUUGUGAUGUGUCGACAGACUCAAGGACACAACCACCUCGACCUGGUCAUGUGGCAUGCCUGUGUAUGUGUGUAACAGGAUUCUGAUUGUUAGACUGUAAUGCUGUUCCUCUACGGGAGAAAAAAAAUUAAUAUAAAGAAAAACAAAUAAAAAUCUAUUUAAAGCA